CCCUGAAUACACACCAAAUACAAAUUUCAUCUGGCAAGAAUUUGAUCAGACCAUCCAAUCAAACAAUGAGGAUGGCACAAGUGACAUCAGUGGAUUUUCAGAAGAUGUCAGUGACAUCAAAAAUAACUUGGGAUCUUAUCAGAUCAUACCUCAUGGAGCCAAUAACCCUGUCUGA